AUGGUACAGACUUCAAGUAAUAUAUGGGUAGCGGCGAGUGAUGGGGAUUUAGAUAGGGUAAGACAUCUCAUCGAGGUUGAAGGAUUUAGUCCAAAUGAGAUGGAUACGAAUCGUUAUUCACCAAUGCACGCUGCAGCCUCUUACGCUCAUCUAGAACUCCUCGACUAUCUCAUUUCCAAAGGAGGCGAUAUAAACCUGGUCGAUGGGGAUGGUGAUACUCCCUUAUUCGGAGUGGAGACUGUUUCUUUUGCAGAAGCUAUGAUUGAUCGAGGAGCGGAUCCCCUUCAUAUGAACAACGAGGGAUUACGUGCCGAUGAAGCUCUAGAAGAUUCAGACCCUGAAAUCGCUUCUUUCCUCCGGGCUUUACCUAUCAUCCAAGUUCUCACUCAACCUUUCAUCCCGAUCGACCAAAUACCCAAUGAGAAUAUCGCACCAAUGUUAGAUGAAAGAAUCCUAAACGGACAAAUCUUAUUCGGUUCAAAUCAAUUCGUUUCGGCUGAAAGAACCACCGCUUUUUUAGAAAGAACACAACGGAUCCUUCAAGAAUCGGAAGAACAAGGUGUUGAACCUGAUCAAAGGUUAUUAGAAGAGGUGGAAAUGGCCAUGCGUGAGGCGGUGGAUUAUGGGAGGGAUAUGGCUGGUAGGGAAGGUAUGAAUGGACAUGCUACUGAAGAAGAGAGGAAGAGGAUUAGGACUGGUGCUAGUUGA